AUCACCUGAAAGACAUGGUCCUGACAGACAGACAAUUCUGUUCCCUACCAAAAUGAAGCUGCUGCUGCUGUGCUUGGGACUGACCCUAGUCUGUGUCCUUGCAGAAGAAGCUAAUUCUAUGUCAAGGAACUUUAAUGUAGAAAAGAUUAAUGGGAAAUGGAAUUCUAUUAUCCUGGCCUCUGACAAAAAAGAAAAGUUAGAAGAACAUGGCAACAUGACGGUUUUUGUGGAACACAUCCAUGUCUUGGAGAAUUCCUUAGCUUUUAAAUUCCAUACUCUCACUCUGUUUUACAGUAUAGAGGAAGAGUGCUCUGAAAUAUUUUUGGUUGCUGACAAAACAGAAAAGGCUGGUGAAUAUUCUGUGGCAUAUGAUGGAUUCAAUACAUUUACUAUACUUAAGACAGACUAUGAUAAUUAUAUUAUGUUUUAUCUUAUUAACAAAAAAGAUAGGAAAACCUUCCUGCUGAUGGAGCUCUAUGGCCGAAAACCAAACUUGAGUUCAGACAUCAAGGAAGAGUUUGCAAAACUAUGUGAGGAGCAUGGAAUCGUUAGAGAAAAUAUCAUUGACCUAUCCAAUACCAAUCGCUGCCUCGAGGCCCGAGAAUGA